AUGAUAGCUGUGGUAUUUGCUCGACUCAUAUUUGUGAUCUUGUGCACAUUGGGCACUGUGUGCACUGUGUGCACUGCGUGGGAUCUGGACAAGGAACAUCCGCCUACAGGCGAGCUGGGUGUGAGACUCGAUUACCACCUAGCGCGUACUUGGCCGACCCCAUUGGCCAAGAAGGGGAAGCAAAUUCCCCGAACUUUCAUGUGGAGCAGCCAUCUCACAUUUGAAAAGGAUGUCAGCGCGCUUGAACCUAGUGACCUCUGGCAAAUCGCAUAUGAUGCAUAUGCGGAGAUGGAAAUCAACAGGGCGUUGUACAAGGUGACCGGUCCAAAGAGCACACCCCGAGCCAUGACUGUUCUCGCUGUCGGGAAGGAGAUCUUUUUGGCAUCUUCAAUGAGGGGUGGAUCCAAUUUUGCAUUUGCCUAUCCGAAGACAAAGGUGUCCACGUCCUUGAACAAUGCCAAGCGACUUUCCACAAGAAUGGGGGCACAAGUACAACAGGGCAUAAAAAUCAAGCAAGCUGUGGCGAGGUGA